AUGAACUCUUUGAAUAUCCUCUCGUCCCGAGUCAUUGGCCAAUCUUCAAAUUCCAGCCGUAGCCGUCAGCGAUCUCGUUCGCAAGGUGACCUUCCUCCCCCGAGCUCGCCGGGCGAUCUCGCAAAACUCCGGUCUUACAGUAGCAACGACUUCCAUUCGCUAGAUGCUACUGAGAAACUUGGUGACGAUGCGACCGGGACGACGGAAGUUGGGGAUUCAUUCGAGCAUGUCCUCGAUGAGAAGACGUCGCUAAUCCGCGGAAUCCAUAAGGAUGGUUCGCUUGUGACCAAAAGUUCUCUGGGCCUGGUUGCUCAGCGCUUUUUUGAUGCGAUCACCGAAACAAUCAAGUUUAUCCUAUCUACUUUGGCAGCUCCGGGGAUAUACGCAGCCCAGUGUUUCCGGGAUGACAACGGCCAUUAUUCUCCUAUGGCGCCAGUCCGGAAGCUGCGCCAGGCGGUUUUCGGGUCCAAGGCAACAGGCAGCAGAGGCAGCUCCCCAAAACGGACCAGCAACAAUCGGCGAGGCAGUUCUGCCCGAAAGUUCAAGGGCCACGCAUCCCGGGAGUCGAUCGCAUCCAGCACCUCCGAAUCGGAUAAUGAUCGUCGAGCCGUGAAGGGCCUCACGAGUGGUAAUCAUCGGACCUCGAAGGCGAAAUCUACGGGCUUGGAGCCGGUGUCCGAUGAGAGCGCUCCUCGUCGCUCAAUCCGGAUCAAACUGCACAACGAAGAAGCCCUGCAACGUCAACGACACCGUCGAGCGCAGAGCGCCGAUCUGGGGUCAUCGUCGGCUUCGCAUAAUGGAACGCAAGGGGCGCUCAACCUCGAUAAUCUAAAGUCUCCGACGUCUCCAUCAGUGCAUCGAGUGACCAGGUACCCCCAUUCUCCGGUGCCUCCGCGGCCGCUCAUCCCGCCACGUAUCCCGUCGUACACUGCUACUUCGCGCGGGUCCCGGGUCCCUCAAAAGACCCUGGUACUUGACUUGGACGAAACUCUUAUCCAUUCGCUGGCCAAGGGGGGUCGUAUGUCUAGCGGCCAUAUGGUUGAAGUCAAGCUGGCCACGCCGAUGACCACUGCUUUGACUCCGGGAGCUCCGCCCACGACUCUAGGACCGCAACACCCCAUUCUCUACUACGUCCACAAGCGGCCACACUGCGAUGACUUUCUUCGCAAGAUCUGCAAAUGGUAUAAGCUUGUCAUAUUCACCGCUAGCGUGCAAGAAUACGCCGAUCCCGUCAUCGACUGGCUGGAACAAGAGCGGAAAUUCUUCCACGCUCGGUAUUACCGCCAGCACUGCACGUUCCGCAACGGCGCGUAUAUCAAAGACCUCAGCUCGGUGGAACCUGACUUGAGUAAAGUAAUGAUCUUGGAUAACAGUCCCAUGAGCUACAUAUUUCACGAAGAUAAUGCCAUUCCCAUCGAAGGCUGGAUCAAUGACCCUACCGACAACGGACUCCUCCAUCUGAUCCCUAUGCUGGAAGCUUUGCAGUAUGUGACCGAUGUGCGGGCACCCCUGGCAUUACGUAGGGGAGAGACAGAAGCAUAG